UUGAAAAUUCCUGAGAACACAAACGCUUAUUUCAUUUCUCUAUCUCUCUCUCUCUCGCUCGAUUAGGGUUACCGUUGAGGAAACUCAACGCAAGAUAGAGAGUUUCCGAAUCUCAUUGACUAAGCCAUGAAUCCGGAACAGAAUCGACGGCAAUGCGCAGCUUGCGGUGAACCAGAGCCGCUUUUCACACACACCGUCCACAAAAACAGCGGUUUCCGGCAACUCUGCACCGAUUGUUUGCUCAAGGAACAUCGGGAACUCUUCUGCCCAGUUUGUCUCAACGUCUUCGUCGACGUCCCUCCUCCACAAGCUCGUAUCAUCUGCCUCAAUUGCCCUUCAAUCACCCACCUCGAUUGCUAUCGUCCGCCGUCUUCCUCCGCCGCCUCCUCCUCCUCCGCCACUCCUUCCUUCACCUGCCCGCCAUGUUCUGACCCCAAUUUCUCCUUCUUCUCCUCCAAAUUUCGUCCUCCGAGCUCUGACCAAAGCGGAGAGAUUAACAACGACGACGGCUCCGAAUCGAUUGUCGAAUAUGAAUCGGCCACUGCUCUCAUCGCAGCGGCGAAUAUCGCGGCGGUUAAUAUGAAUAACGCGGCGGCUCAUUUAAAGAAAGAAGCUGUUAGGAAGAUCCUCGAAGCUAAGCUGGCCAAGAAGAGAGCUAAAGAAGCAAUGGUGAUUCUUCACGACCUUGUUCUGAAACAAAAAGCUUCUGAGAAAGGAAACCCUAACAAGAGGAAGGCCAGCGACCGCUGAUUUUACAAAAAUCUCACAGCAAAAUCCUGCAAUUUAUCGGUAACGUAGGGAUUUGUAUGAUAGAUUUCCCUCUAGGGUUCAAGAAAAGACUACUCGUUGCGGAUUAUUAUAGACCUGUAAUAUCCAGAUUUGGUCAACUUCAUUUUCUUCUUCACUUCUUAGUUCACUCUCGAACGUGUUUGAUCACAAGCCUCAUAGAGAAAGCUGGAGACUUUGAAAUUUAGGAUUAGAUUAGGGCUUUUUCUUUUGUAUAAUGGUGUGCGACGCAGUGACCAUUCAUUCAUA